UGAAGCAGUAUCUAAUACUCUCAUUGAUCUAUUGUUCAAUAAAAAUGUCAUAUUGACACCUAUCAUAUCCCUAAAGCUCCUUUGUCACCCUCCUAUAUAAAGGGUGGAUAUUCAUUCAAGGUCCAAUAGUAUUCUGCUAUUACAAUUAUCAUACUAGCUAGACCACAACAAACACCAACCAUAACCAUGCAUUUCAUUUCUUUUCUUUUGCCAUUUCUUCUAUCUUUUGUCAUCCUGACCAAAAAAAGCAAGAAAAUUUGCAGUUCCAUGAUAACAAUGUUAAGAGUUCAUGGAACAAAACGAGAGAUGGUAAGCAUGGAGCCACAUUUGCCACAAGAAUUGGUAUCCAACAUCCUCUCAAGGUUGCCUGCGAUAGACUUGGUUAAAUGCAAAAGCGUUUGCAAGUCCUGGUUCGAUCUCAUAACCGAUUCUCACUUUGUUUCCAAUUACUAUGUUGCCUACAACAAUCUCAAGCAUUACCAAAGCCAAGAGGAGAAACUCUUGGUCAUUGGUAGACCCUUUGUUUCUGCCCUAAAAACUCACAUUUCUCUUCUUUCUUGCAACACCAAUAAUCCCAAAAAAAACCAUGUUUCCUCUUCUCUUUCAAACCUUCCUUGUGAAUAUAACAACUCUGAGCACAAGUACUGGUCUGAAAUCUCGGGUCCUUGCAAUGGCAUAUACUUCCUAGAGGGCAACCCUAAUGUCUUGAUGAACCCUUCAUUGGGGCAGUUCAAGGCUUUGCCUAAAUCCCAUUUGAGUGCUUCACAAGGCACUUAUUCUCUCACUGAAUAUUCUGGGUUUGGCUUUGACCUCAAAAAUAAUGAUUACAAAGUUGUUGUCAUUAGGGACAUUUGGUUGAAGGAAACAGAUGAGAGAAAACAAGGGCAUUGGACAGCUGAGUUGUAUAGCCUUAAUUCAAAUUCUUGGAGAAAACUUGAUGAUGCUUCUCUCCCACAUCCAAUUGAAAUAUGGGGUUCUUCUCGGGUUUAUACUUAUGCCAACAAUUGUUAUCACUGGUGGGGCCAUGAUGUUGAUGAGUCUGGUGUGAAAGAAGAUGCUGUUCUUGCAUUUGACAUGGUUAAUGAUUCCUUCAGGAAGAUAAAGGUGCCAAUAAUUCGUGGUUCCUCAAAAGAAGAAUUUGCAACACUUGCACCCUUGAAGGAAUCUGCUACAAUUGGUGUGGUUGUUUACCCUUUAAGGGGACAAGAGAAGUCCUUUGACGUGUGGAUAAUGAAAAAUUAUUGGGAUGAAGGGUCUUGGGUUAAGCAAUACACCGUUGAACCAAUAGAAGCAAUUUACAAGUUUGUGGGAUUUUAUGGGAGCAAUCAAUUUCCUUGGAGCAGCUGCAAUGAGGGAUUAGGGUGGUACGAUUAUGAACCUGCGACGGAAAAAAUAAAGGAUCUUCAAGUUUGGGGAAACAAUGGCUCUUUAAGAGCUGCUAGAUACAUGGAAAGUCUUGUUUCACUUAGAAGGGGAAUGAGUUCCGUUGCCAAUUUGUUUUAAGUAAAUAGCUUACCUGACCCUCUACUUGAUCAAUGGGAAUUGACAAAUAGACAAUUAGAUGGUUCGAGAUUCUUUCCUAUUGAUUUUUCAAUUCGUUGAUUUGUAGCAUGUAGAUAGUUUGUCAUGGAUGACAUUGUUGUAAUUGGUUAAAAUAGUGAUGACUUAUUUGUCGUUUUCUCGUAACAAGGGAAUAAUUUUUUUUAGUAAUAAUAUAUAAAUACUCUCUUAU